AUGGACAGGCAUUCUGAGGAUUUGAAUGAUUAUAAUAAAGAAUGUAAUAAAAUAUGGGUAAAGGAACAUAAAGGACAAAUGAUACUAAUUUGUGAAAAAUAUCUAAGAUUUUUAAAUAAAUCUGAAUCUUGGAGUGGUAUGUUUUCUUUUUACGAUGUUUCCUUACUUUUAAAUUAUUGGAUAUAUGAUAAAUUAACACAAAUUUAUGGUGAUACAAAUACUGAUGAUAUUAAUAUUGGUUUUGGUGCACUCCAGGGAAAAUGGGGUUUGUUUGAACCCAAUAGAAGAGAUAAAUCAUACUACAAAAAAUGUAAGCCUGAUCACACUAAGGUUAAUCAUGAGGAUUGGAAAAAUAGAAAGAAAUUGUAUGAUUACUAUGUUGACUAUGACACCCUUUUCCUAGGUGCUAGAGCAAUUGAUGUCUUAUGCAAAAAAUAUUAUAAAAAAAUUAAAGAAUUU